GCUGUCUUCUUUUCUCCACGUGAGGGGGUGCGCGAAUUCCCAGUGGUGGCCGCCCGCUCCGCACCUCUGCAGCUCUCGUGCCCCUUACGAUGGCGGGCAUCCUGUUCGAGGAUAUUUUUGAUGUGAAAGACAUUGAUCCAGAAGGCAAGAAGUUUGACCGAGUAUCUCGGCUGCACUGUGAGAGUGAGUCUUUCAAGAUGGACCUCAUCUUAGAUGUCAACAUUCAGAUUUACCCCGUGGACUUGGGUGACAAGUUCCGGCUGGUCAUAGCUAGUACUUUGUAUGAGGAUGGUACCUUGGAUGAUGGCGAAUACAACCCCACAGAUGACAGGCCUUCCAGGGCUGACCAGUUUGAAUAUGUAAUGUAUGGGAAAGUGUACAGGAUUGAGGGGGACGAGACCUCAACCGAAGCAGCAACACGUCUCUCUGCAUAUGUGUCCUAUGGGGGCCUGCUCAUGAGACUUCAGGGUGAUGCCAACAACCUACAUGGAUUUGAGGUGGAUUCCAGAGUGUAUCUGCUGAUGAAGAAGCUGGCAUUCUGAACCUCGUGGGAAACCAGCCAUGCUGCUUUGUCACUCAAGUCGUGGACGUUGUUCAACCCUGAGUAGAAGCUGGCGGUGUUCGCCUUCAAAAGGACUGGCUCUGUGUCCACUGUGGGUGCGUCUUCAGUCUGUCUGAAUUCGGUGGAAAACUCACUUGUCUGUGAAAAGCCAAGUGGGAGAGCUUAGCAUGAAUCUCAAGUUGUGUCUGUG